AUGCCGUACCAUGACUUAUCACUCAUGCGAAGCUUGGUCGUACAGCAGCGCGACAAGCUCAAAACGCAAGUAAAAAGUCUCCUCAAACGCCGUGACCGUCCUCUUGAUCUGCCUCCUACAGAGCCCGAUCACAAUGCUCCACCACCCAGCCACUGGAUGGGCUUCUGGAUCUGCAACAACUGCAACGCAUGGGCUUACCCAGAGUACCACCGCGGUGCGCAUCCCUUCGGCUACCUACGUUGCCGCAACCCAGACUGCAGGACGGUCAUCACCCCCAAUGCAACGACUUCCCGAGCACUACAUCGCGUCAUUAUACCAAAGCCAAUACGAGACUUCGUACCCGUCGAACGUCUUACUGGCACACACCGAGAGCAGAUCCCCUACUUUGCUGUCUGUCCGUGUGGUCUGACGCACCGCGCCAGAAUCUUUGAACAGAGCUUGUAUAAGAAGUGGAAGCACUUCCAGCGUGUUCGACGGGACGAGCCUGUGCUAGAGAAGUUGCGCCGGUUUAUGAAGCACAAGGACGACGGCGAGGUUACACUCAUCGAGUUCGAGCAUAUGCAGUGCAACAAGUGCUAUAGACGGUAUGAUGCGUAUCGCUGGCAGCACUUUGUCAUUCACCACGAUGGUGUGUUUCAAAUCGAUGGGCGUGACGACCAUGGCCGUUGGGCAGAAAUCCGUCAUAAGGAGUAG